CACAUGUGAUGCCACUAAUAACAUACCAAUAAAAAUAAUAGAACGCUUUAAUAUUUCUGCAAAACUUAUAACUACUCAUCAAUAUUAGUAGACAUAAUUAUAUAAAUUAAUAUCUUGUGUCGACCAAUUAUUUGGCAGAACAAAAUUAACCAGUCUAAUAAAGUAUCUAAUUGUGUGAUAUAAUGCAAAAUAAACGAACAACACAGCAUGCAUGAAUCCAAUUUUAAUGGAAUUCGGAUUAUUAAUCAAUAUAUUUAGAGCUUACAGCACAUGCCUUUGUUCUUCCCCACACCGUCAAUGGCGCUGCUCUAAUCUCCUCGCUCCCUCCUUCCUCAUAUAAACACUUGACUACUGGUGCAGCAGAUAUUCAAAUUGACUUAAAAUUACUUACAAUGAUGAGCAGAUUGUUGGUGAUUUGCAGCAUUAUGCUGGUGGUUACUUCGAUGCACGCAAAUGCAAGCCAAUCCACCGAUCUCGCGGCUGUGUCGUCGAUCAGAGAUGCGAUGAGCGGCUCGAUCGCCACCGCAUGGACAGGUACGGACUGCUGCACGUGGCCGGGGAUCGUCUGCCACCCGGAGACGCUACGAGUAACCGACAUCGUCCUCCGCGCCGGCGACUCUCCGAGCUCCGAUCUACAGAGCGAGAAGCUAGAUCUGACCGUCGAUUGGACCGGCCUCAUCUCCGACUCCCUCUGCCAGCUCGAUCAGCUCAACACGCUCAUCGUCACCGACUGGAACCGGAUCUCCGGCGGUAUUCCGUCCUGCAUCACCUCGCUCUCCCGCCUCCGCAUCCUCGACCUCUCCGGAAACAAAAUCUCCGGCGAGAUCCCCGCCGACAUCGGGAAGCUGAGCCAGCUCGUGGUGCUGAAUCUCGCGGAUAACGAGAUCACAGGCUCGAUUCCCCCUUCCGUCGCCGGCCUCAGCAAUCUGAAGCUUCUCGAUCUCAGCAACAACAAGCUCUCCGGCGAGAUUCCGUCGGAGUUCGGGAAAAUGAGUAUGCUUAGCCGCGCGAUACUGAGCGGGAACGAGCUAAGCGGUUCGAUUCCAGACUCGUGCGCCGGUCUAUCCAGGAUGGCAGAUCUGGAUCUGUCGGUGAACCAGAUAUCCGGUUCGAUUCCGGAUUGGAUCGGGGCGAUGCCGGUUCUGUCGUGCCUGAAUCUGAACUCGAAUCAGCUUUCCGGUGAGAUUCCGGCGAGUUUGUUCGGAAACAAGGGUUUGAGUCACGUGGAUUUAAGCCGGAAUUCGCUGGAAGGGACGGUGCCGGAUAGUUUUAGCGCGGAAAAUUACUAUUUAAGUUUGAAUUUGUCGUAUAAUAAGCUGAGUGGUGAAAUUCCCAAGUCCAUGCAGUCGGUUAAGUAUAUGGGAGCAUUGGAUUUGGAGGGCAACAAUUUUGAUGCCUAGGCUAGGCCCCACCUCAUCUCCUUCAACGAAUGUAUCAUCUCAUGUUUUCAUUUUUCUUCUAUUUAUAUUUUAAAUUGUUGUGCGAAUUUACAUUUUAAUUUUGCUUGGUUAAA